UUGGGUGGGAUACGUCAUCAUGGUCAUGAAAAACGUUUACUUACGCCACCUGUAGUUGCGACGCAGAUGGUCCGGUCGUCUGAACAACCACAUUACAGUGUGAAGUACAGAGAGCACACCCACAAGAAGUACCGGCUGAUAUCAGAGAGGAAUCUGCAGAUUUGCCAGAACGUGACUCUCAACAGCAGAUAUACUCGGCUGAUGAUUGUUAGUGAGCCUUGUCCUGAGGAGGAAAAAAGGCACGAAAUACUGAGCAGGGGAUGGAGACAUGCAGGAACUAGGAGGGAACAUAAUCCACCUUUGAUUACUGUAGACACCCUCUUCAGCCGUGAUGAAACUGGACAAAGCCCCCAAAUUAUUGUCCUGGUUGGAGCUGCCGGGAUUGGAAAAACAAUGACGGCAAGAAAGGUCGUGUUGGACUGGGCGUCAGGGGAGCUGUACAAGGAGGAGUUUGAGUAUGUUUUCUAUAUAAAUUGUCGGGAGACGAUCAGGCUCCCCGAGCAGGGAAGCGUGGCUGACAUGAUGUUGAGAUGUUGCCCUGAUAAGAAAGCGCCCAUUAAGACGAUUCUGGAACAUCCAGAAAAACUCUUGUUCAUAAUUGAUGGCUUUGAUGAGCUGAGAUUUUCCUUUGAUCAACCUGGAAGCGAUCUGUGCUGUGAUCCCACGGAGGAGAAGCCAGUGAGCGUCAUCCUGAGCAGCCUGUUUCAGAGAACGGUUCUCCCUGAAUGUUACUUGCUGAUCACGACAAGACCCACCGCUCUGGAGAAACUGAGGCAGUGCUUGAAAACCAGGCAGCCUGAUCCGCAGUGUUCGCGGUAUGCAGAAAUCCUGGGGUUUUCUGAGCAGGACAGGGAGGAGUAUUUCUGCAAAUUCUUUAAGGAUGAUUCAAAAGCAUUGGAGGCCUUUAGCUUUGUAAGGGAAAAUGAAGUUCUCUUCACCAUGUGCUUUGUCCCCAUUGUGUGUUGGAUCCUCUGCACCGUGCUGAAACAGCAGAUGGAGAGAGGUGAGGAUCCUAGACAAACUGCAAAGACGCUCACUGAAGUGUACAUGCUGUUUCUCUUCAGCUUAGUAACGUCUCCUGGCUGCAGUGCAAAGCCCGCUGUGCAAAGCGACUUGAGGAGACUUUGCUCCUUGGCUGCUGCUGGAGUCUGGGAGCAGAGGAUUGUCUUUGAGGAGGACGAGAUCAAGAAGUCUGGCUUAGAUGAGGCAGCCUCUCUGCCCCUCUUUCUGAACGAGACUGUUUUUACAAAAGACAUCGACUGUGAGAGUGCCUACAGCUUCCUGCACUUAAGCAUCCAAGAGUUUUUUGCAGCUCUGUCCUAUGUACUGGAGGAAGAUGAGGAAGCCAUGGAAGAGUCAGUGGCUCCUCAGAGAGAUGUGAAAAAUCUCCUCAAUCAUUAUGGGGAGUCGAGAGAUGAUUUCAUGUUAACAGUGCGGUUUUUGUUUGGUUUAUUAAACGUUGGCCGAAUGAAGGACAUAACUAGAAAACUUGGCUGGAAAAUAUCAGCUAAAAUAAUACCAGACCUACUGGCAUGGUUUAGAUCAUCUUUCCUAUCAGAAGCUAUAGGAAACCUUGAUAGACUUCACUGCUUGUUUGAGAUCCAGGAGGAAGGGUUUGUGAGAGAGGCAUUGCAUCGGUACACUCGUAUGAGCUUUUCCGGCAAAGUAACUCAUAUGGAUCAAGUGGUUCUUUCCUUCUGUAUGAGACACUGUAUUCAGCUGGAAUCACUCGAGUUUUCUGGGGCUACAUUUGGGGUAGAAGAUGAAGAUGAACCAAGCCCACCAAAACAGGUUUGCCGGGAACAGAAGAAGCACUCACCUAUUUACCUGCUGUGUGAAGCACUGAAGGGCCCACAGUGCAAAGUGAAAAGACUGUGGUUGGGGUGGUGCAAUCUCCCAGACGCCUGCUGUGGGGAUCUCGCCGCUGCUCUCAGCACCAGCCCCAGCCUGACGGAGCUGAACCUGAGUGAGAACUUUGUUCUGGGGUAUGGCGGCGUGCGGGUGCUGUGCGAGGGACUGAGACAUCCCAGCUGCAAGGUGCAGACACUGCGGUUAUGGUGGUGCCGUCUCCCAGCCGUCUGGUGUGAGGAUCUCGCCGCUGUUCUCAGCACCAGCUCCAGCCUGACGGAGCUGGACCUGAGUGAGAACGAUGAUCUGGGGUAUGGCGGCGUGCGGCUGCUGUGCGAGGGACUGAGACAUCCCAGCUGCAAGUUGCAGACACUGCGGUUGGGGUGGUGCAAUCUCCCAGACGCCUGCUGUGGGGAUCUUGCCGCUGCUCUCAGCACCAGCCCCAGCCUGACGGAGCUGGACCUGAGGUAUAACGAUGAGCUGGGGGUUGGCGGCGUGCAGAUGCUGUGCGGGGGACUGAGACAUCCCAGCUGCAAGGUGCAGACACUGCGGUUGGGGGGUUGCCGUCUCACAGCCGCCUGCUGUGGGGAUCUCGCCGCUGCUCUCAGCACCAGCCCCAGCCUGACGGAGGUGGACCUGAGGAGUAACUGUGAUCUAGGGGCUGGCGGCGUGCGGGCGCUGUGCGAGGGACUGAGACAUCCCAGCUGCAAGGUGCAGACACUGGGGUUGAGCGUUAACAAACUAAAUGCAGAAACAAAGCAAGAGCUGGAGGCUGUGAAAGGAGUGAAGCCUGGUCUGGUCAUAAAGGACAUGCAGACUGAAUAUCCAUAUUGGUAAACCCUCGUGCACCGGCUGCCCGGCCAAGAGCUGGAGGAGAGGGGUGGAGCUGGGACCACCUGGCACUCCAGCUGGGCACCGUCGCUGCCAGGGACUCCAGCAGCAAUGGGCAGCCUGCGUGGUAGAAUUUGGGUGAAGAUGGUCAAGGCCAAUCUCCUGGGGGUGGCAGAUCCUCAUAAAGAGGUGGGUGUGCUCCAGGGUUGGUCUGCCCCUGGUGGGGCUUGGUUUCAGGGGCUGGGGAGGGGAGAGAGCAGCAGGGCUGAGGGCUCAGGCCCGGGGACCGGGAGCUGUGGGCUCCUGAGGGGUGUGGGUACCUGGAUCUUUCCACUUCUGGGGGUGGAGAAGAAGCCCCCAAAGCCCCUCUGGAGCCCAUGGGGAGUUUCCAGUCUGCGCUGUAGCUGUCCCUGGGACUUGUGCAUCUCCAGGGCGUUUGCAGUGUCACGUGCUUCCACAGCCACAGAGCUGGUGUUUUCUGUCUCCAUCCCUAGCAUUGCGUUUUCCUGGGGUAUCUUUGUGUCUGUCUUGUUGGAGUCCAAUAAAGAUCCCACUUCCAG